AUCAUCUAUCAAAAUUUAUUGUCAACACAUCGCCUAAAAAAUGGCAAACAUAUUCCAUUUUCACAAUAAAAUCUAAUGUUUUCGGAAUACAAUGAACAAGGUGAAAGUAAAGUAGAAUACAACUUGUUCAAAACAAUUGGAUUACCAAAAGGAGAAAAGUUAAAUCAAACGCCUAAAGAAGAGAAAGAUAUAAAUGUAGAAGUUUUAUUUCGCAAAUCCAAUAUUGAAGACGGUUUCAAGGUAAAUUUACAGAAGAUAAUAUGUUUAGCAUUACAACCAACACAAACUAGAUUGAACGAUAAUUCAAAAUGUUCAAGUCUGUUAUACCUUCCCGAAAAAUAUCAAUUGAGAAGAUUACAUUCAGAAAAAUCAGCACAAGGGGCAAAAAGUUAUCACGAAGCUUUUGCAGAAGAGAAGGAAAAGAGUAAUGUAAUUCCUGUACUUAAAACGAUUUCAGCCCAAAGUAUUUGCUUCGAACAAGAAAUAGAACCGAUAGAAACUAAAGCCCAAGAAAGUUUUACUUCAAAGGGAACUUUUACUGCAACUCCCAAAAUUAUUAAUUCCAGCAUUAUAGAUUUCAUUGAAAAUUUGAACUGCAUUUACCACAUUAAAACCAAACAAUCUAAAUCACAGAACAUCAAAAAUAUUUUUUCAAAAAUCGUAAAAUUGCACAAACCUUUUAAAACCCGCUGCUUCAAAUAUAAUUGCCCUUAUAUUAUCGAAGAAGAAGUUGAUGUUAAUCAGAAUUAUUUCUCCAAUGCGUGCACUUGCAACAAAAGAAACCCAGGCGAUUUUAUCGAGCCAUAUUUGAAGGAACAACGAAUAAUACGUUGCUUUCGAAGCACUUGCCCCAACUGGCAUGAACAUAUCGAAACCAAACUCAGAAACGAAGAUAGCAAAUUCUCCUUGAAACGUUGCAAACGAACAUUGUUAGACAUUAACCAAAAACUCUCAUUUAUGCAAAAAUCAGAAUGUAUUCUCACCAAAUGCAAAGGAUGCGUCGACAAUUACCACAAGCUAUUUAGCUCCGUCGAAGCUUUUUUAGCUAAGAAGAAAUCCGCGUUUACUCAAACUUCGAAUAAGGAGUGGGAAUGCAAGGAAUCCAACUGUCCCUCGGCUAACUUCACUCAAAGCAAUUCCUUGGGGUUUUACAAGAAUUGCUCAUUGGAAACAAUGAAAUCCAAAAGGAAGAUCAAAGACCAAGAAUGCGCCUGCGAUACGUCUGAUUUCACCAGUGAGGCUACCCAACAAGCUUCCUUGGACGACACUGAAAAACCGAAGAAGCACGUAAGCAUUAACGUAUCCAGAGACAAUGCUUCCAAGCAGACGAGCAUACGCAGCCCGCUGAUAGUGAGGAAAUGCAACAAGAAUUUUAUUUGCAUCGAACCAGGCGAGUUUAGAUAUGUCAAUAAAAAUAUGUCUGUGGAUUACGGAAGAGACAUCAUAAUUACCAUUUAUCCUAAUAAAAAAGAUAGAGGGUGUAUAACUUGAGUGAAUUAUGGUGAUUGAUGAUUUGUUCAAGGGGUAGGUAAUCCAAUGUAGAUAGAUUUUUGGAAUAUAAAUAAAGCAACAUUUUCUAAGCAUUUAUCUUAGUU